AAUAACUCAAGAUGGCCGACACAUUGGCCCAUUACUUUUUUGCUGAUUAAUACCUGGCUUUUGCCACUGGUGCGUUGAGUAGAUCUUACUAGUUCACCAUUCUCUGCUUUUAAGCAAUUGCUAAGCGUGGGAGUUUUAACUCAAAGAAAGAUGGACCUUCACAGAGAAACAAACACCGUAGAAAUACCUCGCCUGAACAUACAGUGGGAUUGGAAAGAGGCUCUGAGGUGUGUUGGAUAUAUACCAGUCAAUUCCAAAACCGUCCAUCUCCCCUCCGCGCAUAGCCCGGGCAUUUGACUGGAGUUUUACUCCGUGCAGUGGGGAAUUUGACCCAAAUUGAGGCCUGCCCGGUCGGGCAUUUGACUUUCGUGUCAAAACGAAUGUCAGCUUCGCAGGCAAAGGCUUUCGUAAUUCUUUCCGCAUUCAGCAUGUGCACCGCGUUCUCGGGUCAUUGCCCCUAUACUCAACGUUUUGGUAGAGCAUUUGAGAGCCUUUGAUAAAGCCCGUUAAAUGUGGACUUUUUAGAAUGAACAAUUUUAUUGAAAUUAACAAAUCUCCGUAGACAGCUUUCCGAGACUUCUAUGUGUUUGUAAUGGUAUUGGGACUGUGUGGAGUCCAAUUCGGUCUGUAAUCCUACUAGUGAUUAACAAAAUCAGACAACUGCUUAGCAGGAGUCCGAUUUGUUUAAUCACGAGUAUGAUUAUUACGGACCAAAUUGGACGAGGCGAAGUUCUGUUACCAAUUAAUCAUAACAUUAACAAAUUUGUGAUAUAUAAGGCUCUUUUUAAAAUCAAAACACAAGAAAUUGCAAGAUUUGUUUUUGCUAGCAAUGAAAAAAACAGCCAUUUAAGCUCGCGUAUGAUGGCGUAUACUGUCCAAUUACUUAGACAUGACAUGUACUGUCCUAUUAAGGCUGAAAUCAGGCAGUUGAUAACCAAUUGUUAUAGUUAUGAUUAUAUAAUCACAUUUAAAUGUAAACAGUUUGACGCAUGGGAAAAUUUUUGAAUAGUUGCUGGUGGGUAAGGGAUUUGUCACUUUUUGAAUCCUUAGCCGGUGGGGCACUUCACCAUCUAAACUGCCAACAUACAGGGAAAUUUGAGCAAAAUUGUUUCAAAAAAGUCAAAUGCCUAGUGGGGAGUGGGGGGGAGCAUGGGCGGUUUUGGAAUUAACUGUUACAUUAGGUUAAAUAUGCCCUGGACAUGCAAAACACGUUGUAAGGAAAGAUGAAUAAGUAUGCCCCAACUAGUUUCAUUAACGAAUUAGGUUUAAUUUUGUAAAUUUGCUGUUGUCGAUAGAAAUCCUGGAGGAAAGGCUUGGAUCUCAUGUUCAUGGGCUAGUAAGUAUAUCUGAUUUUCUUAAAAUUUGUUUUUAAAACUUGUAAACUAAUGUUAAGUCUGCAAUCUGAACAAAGCACGUAUCAUCCCUGGAUUCAGUGCAAUAGAGGUCUUAAAAUCAAAUGUUCCUUGUCCUCGCUUGGGACUGCUUAGUGAAACACAGUCAUGUAACUUGUUGAGCUUGGGGUACCUCUACUAGCUUGAACUAAAAUCGCGUUGAUUAUGAUCUGUCCAUCACAGUCCUGAAUUGGAAAGGAUAAAAUGUACAAGAGCUGGUAUUGCAAUCAGUAGCAGAUCUUUUGGAAAGCUGUUUUUAACUGAUCUGACUUUCCUUAAAAAGAGGAAAAGCUUUCAACUUGACUAGUUGGUGAAGAAACUAAUGAUUUACCAUUAGCUUAACUUUUGGUACUUCAGCAAGAUGAGAACCAAAACCUAUUGUGAGUUUUCCUUGCUUACUCCCACUAUUGACAGGACUUUUCGCUAUCUAUACCAUUAAUCCUGUUCAUAAUUACCGGUAUAUUUGUCCGUUUUUCUUGUCGCCAGAUUUAACCGAUUAGCCCUCAUCUUACAUGGUUGGCAGUCAAAAAACGCGCGAAGAUAGACUACUGAAAGCCAAUGUCCACUAACAACAAAACAGGAUACUAGGCUCUUAAUGUUUUUAGUUUGUGAUAAGAGGAAAAAUUGUCUCAUAGAUCAGCCCACAGUUUAUGGUGAACUUGUAUCUCAUGAAAAUGUGGAUGGUGGUAACAGGGGCCCCUUAAGUAUCCAAGCUUCAGAUGGAUUUAUAUUUGAAACUGUUAACAAGGUUGGUAACUGUUAAAUUAAUUUUAUCUUGUUAUUUAUUGUGGUUAUCCAAGGUUAAUUCUCGCAUUUAAAUCUGAAAUCCUACCUCUCCUCACACACUCAUACAGUUUUCAGGAGGGGAAUCGGAAGGGUGCAAAGCGCAAUUUAGUAGCAAUCUUUUCAUAUUUUGGGUAAUCUUUCAUCUAGCUGGAAGUAACAUUUGUUACAUCUUUCAUUAUAUCACAGUGGGAAUUCUCAAACUGGGACAAGUUUUUUUGCACAUGGACCAAUACAAUUCAAGAAUUCAACUAUUCAACAGUUGAAAAAUUUAAAAACGUUUGAACUUAAAAAACCCAAUCUUUUGGGAAACAGCCCUCAAAUUUAUGAAUGUUGUUGAUCUGUUUGCAAAAGAAAGAAAAAUCCAGAAUAUUUUCGUCAAAAAAGUGUUGUGAUUGGACAAUCUUCUUCUGAGUGUCCCAGUUUGAGUCUCCGCACUGUAAGUCUAUAUUAUAGCGGAGCUCCUCGCGCGCGCAAAGCGCGCGCAGAGCGGAGCACCAUGGGUAAGAAAAUUUGGUAAACUAUCCAUCUGAGAAAAUUUGGUUAUGACAUAGCGUACGCCCGCCCGCCCGCCCGCCCGCCCGCCCGCCCAACCGUACACACGCUUCAUGUAAGCCGAUGUCAAAUGUCACAAAGGAUCUUGCACAACUUGACUCGCCUCUUAGUUAUGUAAGCCAUCCGUAUGAGUACGAUUAGAUUGACAGCUGUCAAAAUUAGGCAUCCGCUGACAAUUAUCACAUGACUAUCUCGCGGGCUCAGAUGAAAGACCAGUCGUUUUGCCCCUACAUAUAAGCGGAUAUAAUAUGUCACACUUACCAAUUCAACAUAAAAACAAAACUACGCUGGGCAAGGCUGUCAGUUGGCUGACAGUCGUUUAAAGAUAUAUUGGCAAGCCAAAUUAAGGUCAAUUGACAGCUGUCAAAAUGGGACAUGUGCAGACCACUAUUAGAAAACUAAUAACGUGGGCUCAGGUUCGCUCAGGUACACGAUCUGGCAUUUUCCACUAUAUGCUGGACGGAGAUGUCUUACUCACACUCGUAGUCUGUUAAUUCGAAUAUUCGCCAUUGUAAUGAAGGUUAAUUGACAGCUGUCAAACUAGAGUAUACGCUGACCAUCAUCAUCUGAGUGUAUCGCGGGCUCAUUAGCCUAUCCAUUGAGGUCACGUAGUGUUUAAAGUUUUGCGCUGAUAUUUUAUUUGAUCACGGGCUCAAUUCGAAGUCCCAUAGCUUAGAAAAUCGAUCCAUCUUAGAAAAUUCAGCAAUCACGUGACCGUACACCGACCACCCGACCUUCUGUCCGUUCGCACCACAGGUAUACCAAUGUUUAAUCUCACACUUUCUAGCUAGUUUGGGAGCCUGCAACCUGAUAUUGUACAUCCAUGUUUUGAUUAAUUGACAGCAGUCAAAAUAGUGUUACUGCUGACCAGUAUCGCCUGACCCUAUCGUGGGCUCAGGUAUCGACCCACUGAGUUCGAGUGUUUUUUAACGUAUCCGCUGACAGGUUGCUACUUUUCAAUUAUCGCAGGCUCAAGUUCAAUUUUUUUUAAAAGCAUAUGAAAUAAGUCGAGUUCAUGAGCCGCACUUUUAAAAUGUUGAUUUCGAACUGACCUCGGACGCCGAAAAUUCAACCGGCUUUUACAUUUACAUGCGGGAAGGCAAUCACUUUUGACUUUUCUCACUGUCACGCGUUGAUCACGCCGCUACGCUCAAUUUUUAUGUUCUGAUUGGUCAAAAUUUGACAGGUGAGUUCAUGCGGAAAAUUUAUGCAGCGCCUGGAAACUUGCUUACUGAUAGCUGGAGCUUACAGAGUUUUGUGUCAUCUUGUGAUGUUUUAAACUGGCUGUUUCUACUUGGUUUACAAAAUGAAAUACAGCUGCUAUCAAGAUUGUUCUGUAAUUCAUGGCUGGUUUGUUUAUUGCGCUCUUUGUUGACAAGUGCACCGCUUGUCAAAGUCAUUGGAAAUCGAUUUCGGAUGGCAUCGUUUUCAAAAAUGAGCCUACUCACUUGCCCUUGCUUGAGGCGUAAGAGGGUUGAAAAUUCUGGAACACUUGAUGACCUUCAGAAGCAGCUUCUCGACUGGUAAGCCUGAGAAAUUGUUGUCUUUGAUGUGUUUUUUUUUUUUUCGGUUUCCUGAAGUCGAGCGUAUGGUUUAUGCGGCUUAAGUUUAUAUACGAGCAAUGAUCUAACCUACAAUAGUAUCAGGUUUAAAAAGCCUUUAGACAUUUUUUUUGACCUCAAAUUCAAAGAAAAUGUUCAAGAUUAUUUACUUAUGAUUUUGACUGUAAAAAGAAAGCCCUGAGCGAUUUUCUUGCCUCGAGUUCAUCUUGAAAAAGAGCAAACACCGGAAGCCGGCUUAAAAGAUAAAUAAGCUUAUGCUUACCUGACUCAUGAUUUUCAAAGACACUUUACUCUCAAUACUUCUCUUCGUGAAUGAAAAUUAUUGUCUCUGUACGUGUUUCACCGAAUUAUAUUUAUUUUAUUGAUUGUUAGUAGUCCCUCUCGCAAUUUUUAUCGUUGCAAUCGGUUGUAUCCAGUCGAACAUAGACAUCUCAUGCAGGAAUACUCAAAACGCCGCGCGUAAAUAUCACUCGCUUUUAAAGAUUACACAUAACAAAACCGUCUGCAGUUUAAUAAAUAAAGGGAAAUAAAACCUAAACAUACAAUUUAUCUAUCAUGUUGAAGCGUAAAUAGUAACUCUAUUAAUCGCACUGCAAAUUUAGUACCUGUCAAAAGUGAGCCCCGUCCGCUGGCGAAAAAGUGAUUUUGGGAAUUUUUUUAUCGUUUUCAUUAAAAGCCCAUUUUACCCUGCAUAUCACAUAGGACCAGAUUUUUCUAACUGAAAGUCCUGGCAUUAUAGAAUUCUCUUCAUGAAAACGUUUUAUAAUUCAAUGCUAUAAUUUGUUGUGCAAAGGAAGCGCGUGCUUUGAUCGUCGUGGAUAUUGAAUGAGUGCAAAUUUUCUUGCAAAAUUGUGAAAAACUGCAGAAUUAUAGGUUUAAAUAGGGCAAAAAAGAACAAAUUCUGUCCGAGGUCUGUAUGAUAAAAACAAGGGCCUCAUAGUACUGUUUACCUGAGACGUGAUGAGAAAAAGUACGUUUAAAAGGCUGGUUUACACUCCACCAGAUUCGUUGCCAAGAUUUACUAGUAAACUAAACUUGUCGAACAUAAAAAAUCCGGCCUGAUUUUUUAUUUUGGCCUCUCUUUUAGACAGAGGAAUGCAACGUGUAAAUUGACUGCCACCGAGGACUAUCGUGGCACCUGUGUUUCUUAAAAUUAUAUUUCGGGGUUGUCCAAUUAUCCAUAGUCUCUCAAACGGAGCAAUGUUGGAGAGAGUGGUGAAUGCCACAUUAUGAUUCAACAGCUAAUGCAAAUACAAUACACGAAUAGGUAGGUCUAUUUGUUUUCCAGGCCUAAUCUACUGUGAUCGAACAUGAUUGCUAUUUUUGGGUGUACAAAUAAGAUUAUUUAAUAACUCGAUGUAAAAGCUGUUUCACUCUUGGACUGUCAAAUUAUUUUUCUCUAAAAUCACUUAGCCUUUGCCUCAAACGUCAAAUGAAUGUGCCCUGAUCUGCGGAUUACAAGUUUAUUGUUUGAUUUAAAUUAUGAAUUUAUUAACGGGAACUUCGCUUUUAGCCCUGGCUAAAUCUAUAUAUUAUACUAUCAUGCUUCUAAUGGUUUACAUAUUGGAACCCUUCUAUGAAGCACUUUGCUUGAUUAGAAGGAUACUCAAUAAAGAUUAUUAUACUGUACUGCCAUGUAAUAACCACAAUAGUAAAGUUAAUGAUAGUUAAAGUUAAUAGUGGUUGCAAUAUUUUACAGGAAAAUUAUGUAUUCUAUCUUGUUCUCUAUUUCUAGAGCAGUCUAACACUUUCAUAUUCAGAAAGGAGAUGUACCACAAAGUUUAUUUCACCAACUGCAGUUCUUGCAAAUCUCCACAAGAAAAGCGUAAGUGUUUUCCAUAAAUAAUUAAUGUACAAUGAGACCACCACGAAUCUCCAUUGUGUUGAAAUUCUCAGUAACCUGCAAGAGUUCUGGUUACUUUACUGAGAAAAAAAAGACACUGUGGCAACAACAAAAAUCCCUUUUUUUGGCUAUCCCUUCCUCUAUUCUCCUAAAAAAAAAUUUAACAUUGCUCGAAUUAGGUUUCAACUGCUCGAAACUUGUGAAGUACAUUAAAAACCUGCGAGUAAGAACCUGCAUUUUCCAAAGUUAGCCUAAAUGGGUUCUUACAUAAAUGGUAAUUAACCCAAAUCUUGGUUAUAGGUUCUUAAAUAGGUUCUUAUUUUCUGGAGGAAAAAAUAGACAUUGUCACGGCUAAGAACAUUAGUCAUAUUCAGAUUAUUCCUUAUUUAAAAUCUGCAUACCAUUUACAUAAUUGCUCCUGGAGUGAUGAGGCACUUGAUGUAUAUGUCUCCAAAGAGGAUCCUGAAAGUUGACUGAUCUUAUUUACCCAAGGGUACAGAAUUUUUUUUUUUAUAGAUUUUAGAAAACAUGAACCUGUUUCAAAUUUCAGACUGCAUUGGUUUUUUAAACCAAAAGCUAAAUAUCCCUCCUUUCAGAACGGCCUCCAGACAGAGAACUUUUAAUUACAGGACUUUUAUAUUGCUUUGGAACAGUGUAGAACCCCCUAGCUUUUCUUACAUUUUUUUAACAUCUCUUAAGGAACCAGCUUUUAGAUUUAGUAUUGUAAUUUGUAAUUAGUUAAGCAUUGUAAUUAUUAUUAUUAGUACUAAGGUUGAGUGUUGUAAUUAGUUACAUGCUUGUAAAUAAUUCCUGAAAAUCCCCUUUGGGGAGGAAACAUUAAAGUAUGUAUGUAUGUAUAGAGGGGGCCUAACAGGCAAAUUCUAGCCUAACAGGUUAUUACUCGCAGCUUUUUAAGGUAUUGCUGAAGUGUUUCAUGAAUGAAGGAAGCAGUCAAGGAAGUUGCAUCCAUACAUGUUGGCAUGUAGAUUGGCAUGCUUGAGGUUUUCUCAGCAUGUUUAUUAUUCCGAUGAAAGGUUUUUAUAUCUACUAUAGCAGGCACGGAUGUAGGAUAAAUAAUGACCAAUUUCCCAACCGAGUGCCGAAGGCAAAAGCUUCCAGGGGAGUUUGGGGGCAUACUCCCACGGGAGAUUUUUUGGAUUUUACAGUUAACUCCCUAAGUCCUCUUUCCUGGGUUUCCGAGUCAUUCAGACAGGAUAUUGGCUAUAUUUCAACUUGGAAAUUUUUUUACUACUGAAAGUAUAUUUACUGUGGAAACUGGUGUGGAUCUGCGGCCAUAUAGUGUAGAAAACAUACAAAACAUAUGAAUGAAAUGGUACUGUACAGUCAUGUCUAGUCAGGCAUACCUCCAAGAUGGCAUUAACGUAUUCACAAUUGAACUGCUGGUAAAGCUCAUGCAUUUCCUCUUCCUUUUCACUUGUGACAUCAUCAGAAUGUAAUGCUUAUAGACAACUUUGACACUUUAUGUGCAGCCGGGAAGAGAUCUUUCAAACCACACCCAAAUGAGGGUAUGGGAAAAAUGCAAAGAGAAAAAACAAACAAACAAAAAGAACAAACAAUCCAAAAGACAUGCAAAUUUGACCAGGAAAUAAUAGUAAACACCUUGUUCCACUACCCACCUUUCAAGUGACUUAGAGGGUAAACGAGAAUUUUGGCAGCAGUGUUUCUUCCAUUUGGUAAAAAAGGGUGGUAAAAAAUGUAAGGGAUUUGCUGCAAGGGAAUCGAGGUUAAUACAGCGUACGCAUAUCACCAUCUUGUAAAACAUCAAACCCUGUGAUCAAAUUAAAAGAUGCAUAAUAUACUAUUGUCCACAUCCCAUUAUAGCUUCAUGCUCCGCAGUCAUUCAGCAUGGCACUUUCAUGGUAUUUUCAAAAUUGUGAAGCAGUGCAUGGCUACCCAAAGCCCUCCUAUAUCAGUGACGUAUCAUCUGAAAAACGCAAAAUGACCAAGUCUGAAAUGGUGGUAUUUGUGGAGACAUACAUGUAUAUACACUGAAACUCGAUUUUUGUAGCUAAAGCUAAAUCGACGUUUAGUUCUGUGGAGGCUUCCCACGAUGCUUCUUGCUUUUUGCGGGGGUUUGGAUGGAGUUUGACAACACCAUUUUAGGUUUACCUUAAAGUUGUCUUUAUAACGCUUUUGGGUAUGAUAAAUCCAUGUGGUAGCUGGCUGCUGCACCGAUCUGAUUCGCAAUUUACUCGGAUUGUUUUUUUACGGGUUUGUGUCCGCUAAAGAAGCGUCUUCUCGUAGAGCAGUGGAAGGGAAAAUACCUCUUCAACUAGCAGUGGCCCAUACUGGAACUCGUCAACUUGAAAAUAUCGGGAAUUUUAGCCACAACAAACUCAGAAGACAACUGCGAAACAUCAAAUGCUAAGAGGAGCGUAUUAAGCAAACAUAUCAGACAUUUGACGGUGAGAAUCUCCAGGCGUUUUCCCUUUUACACGGAUCUAGAGUUACAAUGCAGCUUCAUCAAAUGAAGAAGGAUACUCGCACUCGUGAACGCAAUUUAUGCAAUUGCGUACGAAGCCGUUCGUCACAGUGCAACUUCAGUUUAAUAUGUUACAUUCUUUAAGCGGCAUAGGACAACGGAAGAGUAUAUACAGUCAUCUGAUGAACUAGCGCUGGCACUUUUGCGAUCGAAGAGCAGUUUCGUUAAAUGGGACAAAAAUCGAAACCAGAUUGAAAUACCAAUCUAAAGGGAGCUAAGAAAGGGAACUUACAGAGCGCUAAAAAAUGGUAAGAGUUUUGUGUAGAGGUUAUAAUCAGUUUCUGAAGAUGUGAUGUGAUAAUUAAGGGAAGAAUAGGUAGCAAGUCGGGUAAGUAGAUGGUAUUCAAAUAAUAUCACAAUCAAUCCUAAUCCAAGACAAAUCUUGGAUUCUGGAUUCACCCUAUGAACUCUGGACUCCUGGGACUGGAUUAGGGAUUCCGGAUUCUGGCGUCCUUGUCAAUGGAACUUGGAUUCUGGAUUCCAAUCGUCAGGGGUAUUCCGGAUUCCCUGAGCUCAAUUCAACAAGCAAGAUUCCACAAUCUGGAUUUUCUGACAUGGAGCAACACACUUCAUGCUUUUUUAAAUUGUUCUUGUAGCACUAAAUACAGUGUUUGACGUAGAAUUCUGAUUACUCCGUUUGUUUCAAUGCAAGGCCACAAUUAUGAACUGAAGCACACACUACCAACUCCGUGUUAUGGCCAGUUGAGCAUGCGUAAGGUACUCACUGGUCAUACCGCGGAGUUGGUAGUGUGUGCCUCAGUUGAUAUCGUGGUCUUGUCUUUCAAUACAGCCUUAGGCAGACUUAGGUAAAACGACCUUGGAUAGAGUAUAGUUUGGCUUCCCUCUUCUGCUUUUUGCGCGUCGACUAACAUAAAUGUGUUAGCAGAGCGUUUUAAGAUUUGAUUAGGAGGUCAAUCCAAUUCAAUACAAGCUACUGUCUUAGAGUCUGAAAACAGAAGUUACACUUGAAAAUUGCGGCACUUAUAAAAGUUUUAUCGAAUUUCACUUUUGUUAAACAAUGAGUUUUCAAAUGUAUGCUAAUGUCUGAAACGCUUUUGUCUACAGAAAUAUCAAUGUUUUCGUAAAUUUUCUCCUACUUCAUUCAGGAUGCCUUACAUCAUAGUAAUCGGUGAAAUUUUCCCUUCUGAAAAACGCUAUUCGAAAACGUAACCAACACUCCGAUAAGUAGGUUCGGGCCUCCUUAAAGAGAUCUAUCUAAAUGUGUAAAAAUCAAAACUCUUUUUUUUAGCCCUGGCUGAUACCCUGAUACACAAGUUGUCACUUUUUAUCUUUAGUCAGCUGCCUGUAGCUGCCGAUCUUCAUUUAGCUAAGAAAACAAACCAUAUUAAAAUCAAGACAAUGUUACACAGGAGUGAUUAUUUUACCACAUUUUUUUUUCACAUUGCUGUUUCAGCUGCUUGCAGUUAACAAUUUCUGUUACGCACAAAAGUUGAUUAAGUUCCAGAAAAUAGUGAAAGGAUCAGAAUUUUUUACAAUUCUUUACAAUUUCUAUUACGCACAAAAAAACAAAGUCAAGUUGAUUAAGUUCCAGAAAAUAAUAAAAGGAUCAGGAUUCUUUAUAGCUGCUAUUUCUGUGCCAUAGUGCGCAUAAGAGAUGUUUAAACUUUGGGUGUUCAUCCGUACGUUUCAAUUUUACUCGUUUUCUCAGUAAAAGUAAUCUCAAGUGAUUAACUUGUCUUGAUGUUCUUCAUCUUGCACCUCCCUUUAUUUUGCUAAAACUUGAACGCAUCCACUUAAUAACAGAUGAUGUGAUUAAUCAGUAUGUUAAUUUUUCUUAAGUGUCCCAAAGAGCGCACUUAUUUCACCCAACAAUUGUUGGUUUCACGCUGGAAGCGAAGUUAGUUUCAAUUAAGCACUUGAUUCUAGGGCACUUGGAAAUCUUAAGUCGCUCUGUAGAAAACAUGGCUUCACACUUGUUGACAAAGUAUAAUCCUUGAAGUAAAAGCUGUCAAUCUCUCCGUUCAUUAGAAUCUUGGAACCGCUGCACGUGCACAUCGUGCACAUGGCUUCCAUUUCUUAUUGGUCAAGUGUGUUCUCAAGUGUGGUGUAGCCGAUACUUGGCUGCAAACUUCGGCUUCUUUGAACUACGAUCGUUUCCAUGGUCACCAAGUUAAGUUGAAGUAGGUACAUCAAAUUUUACCCCUUCACACUAUCAAAGUAGGUUCUAAGUACACUUACAUUAUACUUGAAGCUCCAGUGUGAAGCCAAUAAAUUUCUCACACGUCAGCUUUAUUUGAACCUCAGCUGUACAGAGUAGCUGUAAGAACUAGUUCGAACUAGUAUCUCCGAGAAAGAAAAAAAUGAUAAUGAUAAAAAAAGGAAGACAGGACAAACAAGAAAAGAAAACGUAAAAAAGAAAAUUGAACCUUAAAAAAAAAGAAAGGAAUGUACUUCUCAUAGAAUAUAUAACAACAGCGAUAUGUUUAUUAAAUCGAAAACAGGUUUAAAGUCAUUAAACAAUGUUUUAAUCCCAGGUCCUCAGUGGGUCCGUUCCACAUAGUUGCUGAUGCAUAUCUAAAGGAGUGUCAACCAUCAGUCGUACGUAUCAACAACAACAACAACAACAGCAUAAGCUUUAUUUGCAUGACUAUAAUUAUGUAGUUACAGUAUUGCAAAAGCUUUAAUAUAAAAAAAACAACAAACAAACAAACAAACAAACAAAUCAUAACAAUGAUAAUGCAAUGAUGACUGUAGUCAAUCAAGGGUCAUCAGCAUGACUUGAUAACAAAUUAUUACGUAAAUCAUUACAUAAUGAGACAAAUUUCAACAAAUGUGAAUUUACGGAAAAAUUCUGUGAAUUCAUCAAUUUAAUUAUUAAUUCUGUGUAAGAUAGCUGAUCAAAAUCGACAAAAUUUUGUUGGAUUUGAUCGUAGAAUUUCUCCCUUGGGAUUGAGUAUUUUGGACAAGGGAAGAGAAAAUGAAAUUCGUCUUCAAUUAUACCAGAGUUACAAAUAGGACAGAGUCUAUCGUUGCGGGAAGUUUGAUUAUAUCUUCCAGUUUCAAUCAUGAGUUUGUGGUUACUUAUACGAAUUUUCACUAAAUCUUUCCUAUUCGCAGAAUUUCUAAUUAAGUCUAGAUAACUUGAAAUUUUAUAAUCAUGUUUAAAUAAGCUGUAAAAUUGUAGUUUCUUAGAAUGAUGGAUUGUAUGUUGCCAAUAUGCAAUAUAUUUUUGUUUUAUUAUAUCUAUAUAGUGUUUGAUCUUAGCUUCACUUAAAUUAUUAGGAUCAAAAUCAGGGAGGUCAUAAUAUUCAGAUAUUUUCAUAAGAUUAUUGUAAAAGCUAUUUUUACCAUUACAGUGAAGUUCUAGCGAAGUACGAAAGGCUUGUUUAACAAUAGUAUCCUCGUUUUUACGCAGAAGAUACAAUAUGUAAUAAAGGAUGUUUUUAUAAAUAUUAAUAAUUAAUGGAACCGUCCCAAUUCACUUCUACUUGCAACAUUUGAAGCUUUAUUGCUUAUUUCUAGGUAACGCUUGCAAAAUUUCAAGUGGGUUUUUUCAAUUGGGGUAUUGUCCCAAGCUUUAAAAUCAUGUUUUACAUAUACACCCCAAAUUUCGCUAUUAUAUGAUAAUAUCGGGGAAAUCAUCGUUUCAAAUAUUUUGCAAGCAAGAGAAGGUUUUAAUUUGCUAAAGUUUGUGUGUUUUCUUAAACUAAAAAGAGCAUGAAGAGCCUUCUCCUUCAAGUGUUCGAGGGAGAUAUUAAAAUUACCGGUUGAGGAGAUACGGGUUCCUAAAUAUGUAUAUUCAUGGACAGUAUCAAUGGUUUCUUUACCUAUAUGGAAUUCUAGAUUGGAGUUUUUCUUCGCUCGUUUUUGAAAGACCAUAACUUUGGUCUUUUUGGAAUUUAUAUCUAACAUCCAAGAGUUGCAAAAAGAGGAUAAUGUGUUGAGACAGUUCUGCAAUCCGAUUUUAGAUCGUGAUAUAAUAAUUAAAUCAUCAGCAUAUAAAAGCGAAUUUAAUUUGGUACCAUUUGGAAGGAUGAUAGGGUCUGAUAAAGUAUUUUGAAAUGCGGACGGUAAGUUAUUAACGUAUAAAUUGAAAAGUAAGGGGCUUAAAAUACAGCCCUGGCGUACGCCCCGUGAGAAGCUAAAAGAUUUUGUUUGACUCGUACCUAUUUUCAAUGCACACGAAGAGUUUGAAUAUAGGUUUUGGAUUAACUUAUAGAAAAGUCCGUCAUGCCAGACUGAGUCAAAGGCUUUUCUAAAGUCAACAAAACAAGCGUAUACUUUCUCACCGUGACAGUGUACGUACUUGUCUAUAAGAGUUCGUAAUGUUAGGAGGUGGUCUGAUGUUCGAUUUUUAGGUAAGAAGCCGAUUUGAGACUUAUGGAGUAUGUUCAGCGAAGUGACGUGUUCAAGAAGUCUUUGGUUUAAAAUUGAAAAGAACAACUUUCCUAGACAACUAGAAACACAAAUCCCGCGGUAAUUUGAUGGGUCAUUUCUUACGCCAGAUUUAAAUAUGGGAGUUAUAAGACCGUUGCACCAAUUUUUAGGUACUGUUCCUAAGUUAAGAACAGUAUUAAAAAGUUUAUGGUAAACAGGUAGCAGUGUUGGUAAGCUAGCUUUAAUCGUUUCGUUUCUUAUUUUGUCGGAGUAUGCAGAUUUGUUAUUCUUUAAUUUUCUUGCUGCCUUGCUUAUUUCAGCUUCUGUUAUGAAGUAAUCUAGAGGUCGUGAUUGCAUUAAGACGUCUUCUCGUAUCUAACAGCAAGUUGUUUGAUCCCCAUAGGUUAUAAGAAGUAUUAUUUGAAACAGACCACUUAUGAUAUAUUUCGUCAUCGUGUCAACGUGGAUUGCAUAAUUACAUAAUUUUAUACAGUUUGUGCAACUGUGUAAGGUUUGAACCCAGGAGUCAUUUCAAAAGUAGGUUGAGUAUGAUCGUCCGGGUGAACGCAGUCCUGAAUAGGACUGUUGUUUAUGACAGUGACGGAGGUUUCGAUAGCCUGUCCGGUGCUCAUCUUCAGAGCAAAGUGAGUUCUAUCACGUCUAGCGGUCAGCGGUCAGCGAUGAUGAUGGCCGCGUUUUUUGAAGCUGUAGUUUGCGUUAUUUGUUGGCACUUAGAACAUAUUAUCUUGCUCAAUAUUGACUUGUGUGCGUGUGUGUGUGCGUGCGUGUUUCUGUUUUAAUGAAUAACAAAACUACAAAAGAAUAAAGUCAAUCUUGUUAAAGGGCCUUCUCCAUUCUAAUUUUCUUCUUUUAUUAUCGUUAUUAUGUACCCGUAGUUUAAGCAACUUUGUACCAAUUGAUAUUGUACAAGUAAUGUAUUAUUGAUAUUGUACAACUAUUGUAUUAUUGUACAACUAAUGUAUUAUAGGAUGGAGUAAAAAUACAAUACAAUACAAUAGAAUAUCACGUCAAUUGAUGGUAUUUAACUCUGGUUAUUGACCUGAUUGGUCAAUUAAGUCGUGAUGUUAUUUGCUAUGAAGACUCGUAAUGUCAUUGGUGCGUUUCGAUCUGUCUUAACAUAUAAUGGAUUCCGAUUGGCUAAGUGGGUGUCACUAUCCCUCAGUUGAGUGUAAAUUAUUUGUGAGAUAAAAACAAUCAUCAAAGCAAAAGUCACUCUAGUGUCACGAUCUUUUUCAUUUCUCGUAAGGAUCACACUAUUUUGACCACGUUUCGGGUGAGGUAUUCCACUGCGUAGCAUCAAGGUACUUUAAAAUCCUCGCUUAAUUUAAGGUAAUUUGUUCGCGGUUCUUCAUCGCUAGAUAAGUUUCAGAAUGUGUAAAAUGAUAACGUUUUCCUUUUUGCAGUCUUUAGUGUUUAUAAAGUAAAUAUUCAAGUGUACACAAAAAGAGUUCAGUCGUUAAAAGGAAUCAAGGGCACCCAACGACCGAACGUUUCCAAAUACUUCAAGAGAAAGAAAUGGUUUUCUCUUGGUUAAUUUGGAGCUACCCUGAAAAACUACUUAUCUGUUCGGAUGUCUAAGGGGAACUUUGGUCGUCACGAAAGUCUCAGGUGGCUUUUUCGUCAUCCGAAACCGUUAUCUGCCCUGAUGUGUCCGGUCGAAAGUUCGAGGACGUGGAAUAGUACUUUCAUUAGAAAAUUCUAGGGGAUUUUUUGUCUUUAUGUUUAUAUCAAAAUUUCCAGGAGACCGUUUUUUAACAAUAAUCGCAAUAUCAUGGUCAUGAAAAUCGUGUUAAAAACACAACCUCCGAAAAUCGUGGGUAAGUUAGUAGAACAACUCCGAAUAUCUUCGGAAUUAGCACAAUGGCGGUUGGUGAUGCUUUUGUGGCCUCUGCAUUUCUGCUAAACUUUCUCCUUGUUAACAGUGUAUUAUGUCUGCAUGAACUUUUAUUGCGUUUUAUUCGUAUCUGAAAGGACAACGUUUCCUAGCCAUGGUUGGUAAGCAAUUUUGGUUGCGUUGAAGAAUUUGAUUUGUCUUACUUGUCACUGGUGGAUAAUGUGAAGAGUGAGGCGCAAAUUGACAUAUUGUCACUCCCAGGAGUAACACUUUCACUUCUACUCUUUUCACCGAGAACAACAGAUCAUUUUCACAUGACGUCACGGCAGCCAUAUUUGUGUACAAAACAAUGAAUCGGCGGCCAUGUUUGUCUACAAAAAUAAUCCUGUGUUUCACAUGUUAAAACUUUCUUUUUUUCCAAGCAAUCUGCAAAGCUGCUGACCACGUGACUGAAAACGAUCUAUACCUGCUGUAUAGGCGCUGAAAAUAGCGACGAAUACAUACAUGGUGAAGCAGAAGUUUACCAGAAAUAGAGUUUCGUACUAUACCAAUUCCUUGUCUACCAGACGAAUCCUGCUUCUAGGCGGAGAUGUGGAAACAAAUCCUGGUUGGGAAGAUUCAUCUCGUGAGAAACCCGACUACUUGCAAGAUGUUGCUAGAACGGUCAGACAUGCAUCCAACAAUUUAAAUGUUGCCUACUUAAAUAUUCGUAGCCUCAGCAACAAGCAGGAUGAAGUGAGAAUGUUGCUUCGUCUCUGCCGUGUUGAUAUUCUUGCAUUAACCGAAACAAAAGGUGGAUAG